AUGAUGAUGAUAAUGAGAGUUCAAAAACCUAACUGUCGUUGGGCGCCGAAGCCAAGGGGGAGGCCUUUGUCCAGCAGUGGACGUCUUCCGGCUGAUGAUGAUGAUGAUGAUGAUGAUGAUGAUGAUGAUGAUGAUGAUGAUGAUGAUGAUGAUGAUGAUGAUGAUGAUGAUGAUGAUGACUUGUUUGUUCUAUAUAUUGUUUGUCGUGGUGGCCCGGAGGUUUCGAAACCUGACAAGUACCAAUUUGGGAGUUGUCAUGCUCACUCAGGAGUCUCAUUGGCGGUGGCACGGGCACUGGACCGCUCGGUUCCCUAUAAUAUGGUUGAGUUGGGCGGUGCUGGUGUACGUGUCAUGUUCGUGAACGGACGCCGCCUAUUGGGACUGGUCAACUCGAGACUGUCUAAAGUUGCUGUCCCUGAGGGUUAUUUCUUUUUCGGAUACUUUGGUUAA